AUGGAAUCCGACAAGGAGUUCGACUUGGUCCUUGUUGGUCCUACGGGUUACACUGGGAGACUUUGCGCAGAGCAUAUUUCCAAGAACUUGCCGACGAACCUGAAAUGGGCUCUAGCAGGUCGCUCUGUGCAGAAGAUUGAGGACAUCUUAAAGGAGCUCAAGACUCUCAAUCCUGACCGCACCGCGCCAGAGAUUCUGGCUGUGCAGCUAAAUCGGCAAGAACUCGACCCUCUUGUCCAGAGGACCAAAGUAAUAAUCAAUUGCGUUGGCCCAUACCACCUGUACAGCACUCCUGUUGUCGAAGCGUGCGCUAAUCAUGGAACUCAUUAUGUGGACGCCACUGGAGAAACACCCUGGGUUAGGCAAAUAAUCCAGAAGUAUCACGAAGUUGCGAAGUCUAACGGAGCUAUCAUUAUCCCAUCUGUCGGUGUUGAAAGCGCCCCAGCAGAUAUCUUAGCCUGGUCUCUUGUUAAACGAGUUCGGGAGGAUCUGUCCUGUGAUACAAAAGAGGUAACUAGUGCAAUUGAGGAGAUGAAGAGCUCCGGACCAAGCGGUGGCACCCUGAAUACGAUCCUCACAAUCUUCGACUCCCUUUCCUUCUCCGACAUCCUUAAAUCCACCGACCCCUUCGCUUUGGCCGCCUCCGCGCCCCCCAAGAAUGUCCCCAGCGAGCCACUCGUAGACAAGAUCCUAGGAGUUAGGUCCGUUCGGGACUUGGGUACUCUCACCACAUCGCCAUCAGCUAUAGCAGACAUCACCAUCGUGCACCGCAGCAGUACCCUGAUGCCGAAAUUCUACGGGCCACGCUUCUAUUUCCGGCAAUUCAUCCGAGUUAGAAAUGCGCUUGUCGGCGUGCUCUUUCAUUUUGCCUUCAUCGUCGGCUUGGGUCUUCUGAUACUCCCUCCCGUUCGCUCGCUGGUGCGGAAGGUCGUCUACGCCGCAGGUCAGGGGCCACGCAAGGAAGAUUCAGUCAAUGACCGCGUCGAGUACCGUGCAGUAGCGACGGCUGAUCAAAAGACCGCUGCACCGCAGCGUGUCUUCGGCAAAUUCAAGUAUGAAGGGUCGAUGUAUGCACUGACUGGUUUGCUGCUUGCCGAGGCAGCAAUGGUCAUCUUGGAGGAGACGGAGCGAGUGAAGAAGGUGUCCCGGUGCGGCAUAGUAACGCCAGCAACAUUAGGACAACCGUUUGUUGACCGAUUAGAGAAGGUUGGAUGCCAUGUCGAGACUCAGGUCUUUGACUACUGA